AUAAUGUUCCCUGUGCUACAUAUAUAGAAGCUCCACUUCACAUCAUUCACUGCUUUACAGUAGGAGACGGUCUGAUCUUCAGUUUUUCAGCACAGCUUUGACUGAGAAAGAUGGCUGGCAUACUCUCAAAGAAGCAAACCAAAGGCGUCGACUUCUGUGGCGUGAAUGAUAAUUAUUACAUCGUUCGCUCUGACCUUGGCUGCUACAUGUACUCAACAAACUUCCAUCGAGGACAUGACCUCAUAGUUUACAGCCUGCACCCCUCCUGUCAGGGUGGAGACCACUACCUGGCCCACAAUGAUGAUGCAUUUUACAUCAUCAAGGGCAACAGCUGCCGCCGUGUGUCUAAUAUGAACAGAGAUCUUGAUUCUUCAGUGUUUGAGCUCCACCCAAACUGCCGAGGCGGUGACCACUAUCUGUCUGCUUAUGGAAAUUUCUACAUAAUCUUCAAGAGCAGAGGUGUGUAUCGCCGGAUCACUGAUCUGAGCACCGAUGGUGAAGCAGUUGAAUACACCCUGCACCCAAACUGCCAGGACGGCCUGUACUACUGGGGCACAAAGAGCUACACUUAUUUUCUCAAGCCGAAAGAUCAGUGGGGCGUUCAGUACCACAAAACUGAUAAUCUUAACAAAGAUACUGAUGCUAACACAUACUCGAUUCAUCCUGAUGUCCUGAACUUCCUUCCUGGAGGCCUGGCUGAGACGCAAGGCCCAGCGUUCGGGAAAUGGGAGCUCAUUAAGACGAUUGCCAACGAUUCGGAAACUCCUAUAAACUGGGAAAAGAAGAUAACUCGCAAAGUGGGCUAUACCAAAUCCAAGACAUCAAGCAUUGAGCACAACUGGAAGGUGGCAAUGAGCGCCACAUAUUCGGCCGGAACUUUGACUGAAUCCAUCGCCAAAUUCCAGUUUUCUGUGUCGGCAGAAUAUGGUGGACAAAGCGUCAACACCGACAACGAAAGCUGGGAAGAGGCGACCGAGAUGGAGGAAAGUGUGAGCCUGGCUCUGCAGCCCCACUCAAAAAUGUACGUGUGGCAGUACAAGCUCGGCUUCGGCAAGGAAGAUGUCCUCUUCUGCCGCGACCUGAGAUUUGACGAUGAUUCUAAUCACCCCACCGAUGUUCCUCUUCCUCAUGCUAACAAGUAGACAUCAGACAAAGGCCCAAUCCCAUUUCCCCCCUUUCCCCUAGCACUUAGCCCUUCGCCUUCGCUUUGCUAGGGUGUAGGGUGUCUCGACUGUUGGUGAGGCAGAGGGGUAGGGCGUAUGUGUUAUGGCUUCAUGGCCCUCAAAUAAAGCUAUUCUGUACCUUAAAACUUUACAAUAAACAUUGUAUUCUCCAA